GCUAGAUCUAAAUUCCCAAAAAAUAAAAUCAUUAAGUUACUCCAAUCCGUAAGUCAAUAACAGUACGCGCCAAAGUUGAUUCAUGUCAAUCCUUCAGACACGACCCCUCCUUUCUACCUACUGCCAUUGAAGACUCCUUCAACAAAGUGCUCAGAACGAUUCAAAGUAACAUGAAUCACAAAGCAUGUUAAGCUGGGCCAAAGGAUUAUUCUCUUCGCAGCUGGAACCCGAGAAUUUAGAAGAGGAUCCGAUAAGUGAUCAAGCUGAUAAGAUAACUCAAGAAUCCGAAACAACUCUAUCUCUCCUGAGUAGAGAUUUAGUCAUGGACAAUUCUCGAGAACCUGCAAGUGACCAACUUGCUGGCGUAGAUGACCACGCUGGUACCAGUACAAAAAAGCACAAGAAAGAUAAGAAAAAGAAUAGGAACACGAGUAUGGGUGGAUCAGCAAGUGUUCUACAGAGAGAAUAUCAGAUUGCUGGCAUUCAAGAAGGCCCAGAAGAUGUCGGCGCGUCAGAACGAAAUCCAGCUACUUCACCUACACCCGCCUCGGAAUUGAGCGCAAAAAAGGAAAAGCGGAGACGACAAAAGUCGAACCAGAACGCUCAUACGGAGGAUGCAGGUGGACAAGAGGCAAGCCCAGAAGCUUACCCAUCUGGACAAGUUGACCAGCCAGAACUCCGUACAGAAGAAUUGACUGAGUUGGGCAACAUUCAACAACCAAAAUCGAAACAAAAGCGCAAACAUCGAAAGUCUCACCAAGAGGAAUCGCAGAUUAGCUACGAAGACUAUGUCCCAAAUGAGCCGGUUGACGCAGCACAAUUGGAAGAUACAAAACAUCAAGAACCCGAAGACGAGAUAACGACCACAGAUUCAGCAUUGAAAAAGAAAAAUCGUCGCAAGAACCACAAAUCCAGUACAUCACAUUCGGCACCACCAGGUGAAGAGGAAACUCUCCAACAGAUAGAAACUGAAGUUGAAGCGGACUGGGCCCAUGCAAACGAAAAAUCGAAGAAAAAGAAAAAGACAAAGUUGGAGAAGACUGUUGCAUCAGAAGUUGCACAAGGGGCUGAAGAAGCUCGCGAUAAAAAUCAGUUUCCGCCCUCAUUCAACGAAGUCCCUCUAGAAGAUGCUUUGAAAAACCAUUUCGGAGACGAAUCUGACCUUUCAAAGUCGAACACUGGCAAGAGAGAUCAAACACGAGAAAUCAUAAAGGAAACUGGUAGCCAGGUCCAGGGCACCAAAAAUCAUGCUUCAGACAAACCUAUACCCACAAAGUCAAAGCCCAAGAAAUCUGUCGCUAAACCAAAGACUCCGAAAGUCAAUCGAACGGAAGCUGGCGACGCAAACUCGGCUGCUCUCCUAAAUCAAUUCAUUUCUGCCGGUAAGAAUCGUCGCGUGGAACCAGAAUCAGCUGUUCCAUCUGCAAAGGCUCUUGGGAAGAGACCAGCUGUUGAUGAACAAGCUGAGCACCAAUCGAAGAAAAGAAAACAAAUUGAUUCGGAUUCCAGAAAUGGUGACAUUCGCUCAAUGUUUUCAGAUGAUGCUCAAAAUGGAGGCUCAACUGUGACUGCAUCAAAGACUAAGCCAAAGAUAAGACAACUUGCAUCGAAUGUUGAUGUGGCCAUUUCAUCACCUGCAGUAAGAACAAGUCGUUCCGGAAAUGAAGAAAUGGCAGGCUGGACAGCUUCUGAUAGAAGGUCGGCAUCUGCUGGGAAUGCUCAAGACUCCUCGGAUGAUAACUCUGUGUACGAGGAACAGUCAGUGGAUGCAUCAAUCACUCGUCGAAAGCGGUAUUUGCCUGUCGAUGAGCCUUCUCUGCUGGCAAUGGAAACACCCAAAUCGGGCAAAAAGCCAAAGCAAAAUCGGGCAACAUCAGACAAACCGAGUAACAAAAAAUCAGUCAAGGCCAAAAAAGAUCCUUCGAGCGGGGCUAAACCGAAGCGCAGCAGAAGUCAAUCUGUCACCAGACCAAGGGAUGGAAACGGUAGACUCAAUGGCGACGAGACAAGGAGAAUCGCAGACGCCGUGGAGUUGUAUCGUGUCGACAAUGACCUGGAACAGCAUGCUCUCAAUACCAUCAUCCAGAACAAUGCUCUUAACGAUGGAAAGAAAUUUUGGGAUUUCAUGACAGAGGAAGUACCUGAUGUUGCCAAGCGAAACCUCCAAAGUUGGUGUAGGAGAAACUUUCACAACUAUGCAGCACGAGGUGUCUGGACUGCCGAGCAAGAUGAAGAAUUGAUGGAACUCUUCAAGACAAUGCCCAAAAAGUGGUCUCUCAUCGGUGCUCAGCUUAAUCGUUUGCCUGAUGAUUGUCGUGAUCGUUGGAGAAAUUACUUAUCCGUCACAAAUUUGGAACUUGGUCCGUGGAAACUUGAGGAGGAGCAUCAGCUCAAGGAUGCUGUCAAAAAGUGUAUCGACCUCGUUCGCGAAGAUAAACGUCGAGAGGGACUGCUCACACCCGAGGAGGAAAAUGAUGAUACUUAUCACGAACACGACAUAAGCUGGAUGAAAGUCAGUGAGCUCAUGGAUCUUUCCAGGAGUCAUCUUCAGUGCUAUCGAAAGUGGAAGUCUAUUAAAAAUCGAGAACACGCUACUACAGAUGACCUUGUCGCGGAACGUAUUGUAAUCAGCAAUAGCUGGAAAAACCUCAAAAGUUAUCAGGAAGCAACCAAGACUCUGGCUGGAGAGAAGUUACAAUUUUUAAAAGCUAUUCGCGAUAGUAAAGCAGGAGCGGAGAGCAAAAUUGAUUGGAGGGCAAUUGAUGAAAAGCUCGAUCGAAAUCACGAUGCUAUGGAAAUGAGAAUCUGUCUCCGUGGCUUAGUACAUAAUAUUACAACCCAUGCCAAUAAGACUCUUCAAGAGAAUGUUCAGUUGCUCAUCGAAGCAUACGAGCAAUCUGCACCUCAUGAACCCGAAGGUUAUGUUGACUUACCUUUCGAAUCGACUGGCCUCAAGAAGAGAACCAGGAAAUCAAAAACCAGCGCUCUAUUUGAGAACAAUCCCGAUCUUUAUGAUGUUGGUGGUAGUGGUUCUAAGGCCAAGAUGAGACAUCGCAUGCUUAAAACGGAUGAAUCACAAGGAGGCCACAAUUCUGCAGGCAACCAGGAGAGCGAGCAAUCUUCUGAUUCUGUUCAAGUUCCUGAUUCAGCAAAGAAGUCCAAGCGCGCAGCCCCUGUCAAGAAACCAACCAAAUCAUUUGCAUUGAGCACUGAAAGGGUAGUGGAUAGCGAUGUCGAAAACGACAACGAUGAUGGAGUACCAACUAGUGCGCAAAAGCCUCGAUCUGAAGACGAAACCGAUGAUGAAGAUGUUCCAAAACCACGAUCAAAGACAAAGCAGGCUACACACAAGAAGAAAACUCAAGUGGCAGUCAAAACAAAGAUUGUCGAAGAGAGCAGCGAUGAUGAGCCAGAACGCCAGCCAGAGUCUUAUUCCAACUCAGAUUCUGAGGAUGCUGAAAUGGCUGAUGCACAUUAUGAUUUGAAUGACAAAUAUCCUAGUAAUGAAACUUCUCAAUCUACUCAAUUCCACCUCGGCAGCAGCGACUUUUAUGGUAACAAGAAGAACAAGCAUUCCAUUAGCCGUGAGCCGGAAGACAUAACCGUCGAUGAUUCCGUUCAUAACCAUGCCCCUGUCGACUCUGAUGAAGAUUUCGAAAUGCAAGACCCAGAUGAGCUACAAGUUCCUGCUACACCAGAGCACGAAUUACAAGAGGGAUAUAGUGAGUUGCGAGAAGAGAGUGCAGACCUCGAUGAGUCUGGCCAAAUUUACCAAAAUGGUCUAGGCGAUGCAGAGAGUGAUGCAGAGAGUAUCAUGGACGACAUGUCAGAUAUUCCAGCCAAAGUCAUCAAGAAGAGGGCACCUGGUAUUAAUGACGAGGGAGGUGUAUAUUUUGGCAAAGAGUCGAGCGUCGACCUCGAUCAAUAAAUAAAAAAAGGCGAGAUGAUCAGCAAGAAGAAAGAUGCGCACGCUUCCACAGUUUAUCGGUUGCUUACUUGUUAGCUUAUAAGCGGAGGAUACCCGGAGAAAAGAAAUUUGCCAUUUGGAGGAGUUAAGGGUGUGUAAGGGCUAUGAUAUUGUACACUUUUCAAUUGAACAAGUUAGCGCGUUUCAAGGAACAUGAAAGUUAGGUAGUUUGCGAGCACAUGUUAAUAGAAUGCGAGCGAGCAUACAAAUCUGAGAUGUAGCAGUCUUAGAAGACUAAUUGCAAAGUUAUAACAUUGAACAUACAGUAUCAUAGAUAGCAUAAUACCAAUGGUAAAACA